AUGACACAGAGUCCUGUGGGGCCAGAGGGCUACAGGGGCGGGAUGCGGAAGCUUGCAAAGGACCAUCACUACCACACAGCCCGCAUUUUCAACUCGAGGAAACUUCAGGCUAUUUCUCACCCCCUGCACCAUCUGACCAUCAUGAACCCCCGCCUCUGUAGCCUUUUGGUCCUGCUGUCUCUUUCUGUCAGCCUUUUGGACUCCCAGCUGCACUGCCUGAUGGGCUUCCUGUAUCAGACUUUGGUGAUUUUGGACAUUCAAUCUCACAGCAGAGUCAUUUCCUAUGUAGGCUGCCUGAUUCUGUUCUCUUUUUUUAAUCUUUUUGGAUCUUUGGCUAGUAUAGUCCUGACUGUCAUGACCUGCGAUUUGUUUGUAGCUAUUUGUCACCCCCUGCACCAUCUGACCAUCAUGAACCCCCGCCUCUGUAGCCUUCUGGUCCUGCUGUCUCUUUCUGUCAGCCUUUUGGACUCCCUGAGUCUGAGGCAGCUGCACUGCCUGAUGGUGUCACAACUUACCUUCUGCACAAAAGUGGAAAUUCCUCAAUUCUUCUGUGACCCUCCACAACUCCUCAAGCAUAUGUGUGAUGAUAUCUCCACCAAUAAUAUAUUCAUCUGUUUUAUUGUUGCCAUCUUUGGGGGUGUUCCAAUCUCGGGGAUCCUUUACUCUUACUACAAAAUUGUUUCCUCCAUUCUGAAAGUUCCAUCAACAAGCGGGAAGUAUAAAGCCUUCUCCACCUGUGGCUCUCACCUGUCAGUGGUUUGCUUGGUUUAUGGCACAGACCUUGGGGUGUACCUCAGCUCAAGUGUCUCACAUGCUCCCAGGAAGGGUGCAGGGGCCUCAGUGUUGUACACUGUGAUUGCCCCCAUGCUGUACCCCUUCAUCUACAGCCUGAGGAACAGGGAUGUCAAGAGGGCUGUGCAGAAGCUCCUCAACAGAAUAACUUUGGCUUCAAUCAAAUCUAUUGAUGUAGGUUGUGCGUGA